ACCAGGAUGAUGUCAUCGGCGCUGUGCCAGAGACGUCAUGAGCGUCCUGCUGCCCAACAUGGCGGACUUUGAUACCAUUUAUGAGUUAGAAGAAGAAGAUGAGAGAAUUGUGAGUGAAGAACAUCUCGUCAGAUACUGUCCUGAGCCUGUGGUCAUGCGUGGGGCUGGUCACAUCACCGUGUUUGGACUAAGCAACAAAUUUGACACCGAGUUUCCCUCUGUUCUCACAGGAAAGGUUGCUCCGGAGGAGUUCAAGACGAGUGUAAAUCGAGUAAACGCUUGCUUGAAGAAGAACCUACCGGUCAAUGUGAAAUGGAUGCUCUGCGGCUGCUUGUGCUGUUGCUGUACGGUGGGCUUCAGUCUGUGGCCUGUCAUAUGUCUUAACAAGAGAACACGAAGAUCGAUUCAGAAAUUGUUAGAAUGGGAAAACAACAGAUUAUAUCACAAGCUGGGGCUGCGCUGGAAACUCAGCAAGAGAAAAUGUGAGAGCAACAACAUGAUGGAAUAUGUGAUUCUUAUAGAGUUCUUACCAAAGUAUCCUAUAUUCAGACCUGACUAAAGGACUUCUACAUGAUCCUCAUGGAAGGCCCUUUAUUUCUCUCUUUAGUGCCUUGUAUAUAUGUCGGAUUGAGGGUCUUCACUGGGUUUCUACAAGACCUCUUCUCCCUGUACCUUGUACAGUAGAAUUCGCAACACUGUCACUUUGCUUUAGAGCAGAUUUUGCACAUUUCCUGAUGUAGAAGAAAGCGCUCCUGUGUUGCACUCAGAUGUGUUGUUACAUAUAAUGAGAGAUGGGAAGAAAGCAAACUCUGAUGCUGUUUAAAAAGUGCAUUUACCCCAAAGAGCCAUCGAGUACUCCUCCCCACAUACUAUAUUAUGGUAUUGUUAAGAACAAGGCACCUUAUGGUGUGAAUUUGCCUUAUGUUAAAGGACAAGCUUCAAUCGGACGUGUAAGUGCAGGAGUCAGAAGUGUGUCGCGUUUUAAUGUUUUGGGAGUGUGAUGUCUAGCAUUGGGGCUUUUUGAAGCUGGUGCAGCAGAUGUUUGAACUAGCUUCAGCACCGUGAUCUGACACUUUUGCGAUUGUCUACUACACGGGGAAGUCAACAAACUGACUUGUAAAUAUCAUGGACAGGACGUACAGUAUGGUAUACCAUGUUUACAUUAUGUAUGGUUAUUUUUCCGCCAAGAUAUUAUUGUAGCAUAGUUUGUUUAUAAGCUGUGUCUCUGUAACUUUAAAGUUUAUAUGGACCUGUUUACCCAGUAAGCCAUAAAAUGUACGUACAAGAUGCCACUCGAGUUAGGGCUGAAAAUUGCACUUCAUUGUCCUUGAGGUAUUUGAUAUUGUUUUACAAUGUCAUUAGUAGUGUGUUUAAAAAGUAAAACAUAUGCCAAUCAACCAAUUUGUUACCAAGAGUAAUGUCGUUCAUUUUUGCAACAAGUGAAAUUGACCUAUUCCAGUUUUUGUUGGAUUGUAAUUUGUGCCCUGUAUUUUUUUCUUUGUUUUGUUUCUGUUCAUUCAGUACAGCAAAACCUUGAACUAUGUGUUUUAUUUGUGUUCAUGUAUGCUGUGGUUCUGCUCCUGAUGUAACUUCACACACAGCAUUGUAUAUGUAAUGGUUAAAACUGCCCCUCAUCUAUUUUCUAUAACUUCUAUAACAUCUUUGCUCCACAUACUGUAGACAUGACUGCGUUAGUUGAGUGCCUCUGCAGAUGGUCUUGAGAGGGAGCUGUGCUUAAGAGGAAUGAUUCUUUGCCUAGCAAUCUAAUGGAGAGAAAGGAAUCUGCUCUCAGUACUGGUUCUGUUAAAGUACCUGUAAAUGUUUGUCCCUACCUAAUCCUAUGGAAAGCUUCAAUAAAUUCCUGAUUUUGUGUUUUUGAA